AUGUCAUGUCAGCAUUUGUUUGGCUUUGGGGUCGGAGGGAUAUCUCUUCAUCCUGGUCCCGCCGUGUCUGUCGUUCGUUCAAUCGCUCGCUCGCUCGCAAGCUCUGUGUUGAGAGCUUGCGUGCGUGCUCACGCGAAGGCCUUCGAGUUUCUCGAGGAAGUGCUUGUUGGUUCGUUUCAUUUUCUGUUUCCCACAUGCUUUGAGAAGGGAGGAAUUUGAGGCGGAGAGCCACACGGAGAGAAUGUCGUCGUCUAUUCUGACACCUUCUCUGCGUGUGGUUCGACAGCGCACUGGAAAUGCUACCUCCCAGUUGAAUUGUGCUUCUUACAGGACGUCACAAGCUUAUAAUCCCAGCAGUCAGUUUCUGGGAUCUACCAAAAUUGUGAGCUUAAGGUUGAGUUCAAGCUGGUGGAGGUGUCCGUCGAAGUCGAGGAGCCGCAGGGAUGGACAUUUCGUGCGAGUCAAUGCUGUCAGUAGUGAUCAGUUGGGAGAACCUGAGCCGAGGUCGUCAGAAGCAGGAAUUAGCGGUGAGUCGGGUGCCCCGAAGGUAUCACUAGGGAAGCAGAUAGGGAAUUUCAAGGAUGCGUUUUGGAGAUUCUUGAGGCCCCAUACCAUUCGUGGGACGUGUAUUGGAGCGUCAGCCCUGGUGGCUAAAGCGUUGCUAGAAAAUCCUCAAUUAAUAAAUUGGGUUCUUCUGCCGAAAGCCCUGAGAGGACUUCUUGCUCUUCUGUGUGGGAAUGGUUACAUUGUAGGAAUUAAUCAAAUUUAUGACGUGGGAAUCGAUAAAGUGAACAAGCCCUUCCUGCCCGUAGCUGCCGGAGAUUUAUCUGUCACUUCCGCCUGGGUCUUAGUUCUGGGAUUGGCUGCCCUGGGCGUUGGCUUAGUUUCCACCAAUUUUGGUCCUCUGAUUACUGGUUUAUACUCCUUUGGUCUCUUUCUAGGAGCUAUAUACUCUGUUCCUCCUCUUCGUCUCAAAAGAUUCGCUGUACCAGCAUUUCUCAUUAUUGCUACGGUAAGAGGAUUUCUACUCAAUUUUGGCGUUUAUUAUGCGACCAGGGCAGCCCUUGGCUUGAAUUUCCAGUGGAGCCCCUCCAUAGUUUUCAUCACCUGUUUUGUUACCCUCUUCGCCACUGUGAUUGCCAUCACUAAAGAUCUGCCUGAUGUGGAGGGUGACAAAAAAUUCAACAUUUCCACAUUUGCAACCAGAAUGGGAGUGCAGAAAAUUUCCUUUUUGGGUUCAGGUCUGCUCUUGAUGAACUACGUGGGAGCCAUAGGAGCCGCAAUUUUAAUGCCAGAUGCAUUCAACACAAGGGUGAUGGUUACGGCUCACGCAUGCUUAGGGGUGGCUUUGGUGUACCAGACAUGGCUACUGGAUUCUGCCAAGUACUCGAAGGAGGCUAUAGCGGGAUUUUAUCGGUUCAUUUGGAAUUUGUUCUACACACAGUAUGCUCUGUUGCCAUUCCUUUGAUUUGUACAGUAACGGCAAAUAUAGUACAAUCCUCCGCGGGGCCUGAAGCAAAGUGGAGGUGAGCUCAAUGUCUUUCUUCUACUUACAGGUCUUCUAAGGGUUUAGACCUUCGUAGUAGUUGAGUAGCUCAGGGUACGUACGCGGCUCUUUUGUUUGCCAAGUUAAGUUUUUACUGGUAGCUGGAGAAAUGUCCAGCUCUCAGUAAAAACGUUUUCAGGGAUACGUUUAGAAUAUCAUCAACGUAUCUCUGAAUCGUAGCAGGCCCUUGUUCUUACUGAGUUUAUUUUCUGGUAGUUUCAAGUAGAUAAAGUUGCAAAUGCACCACAUUGUGCUUUGGAGCAUGCAAAUGAUGUAAUUUAUGUGCCUAGUCAUGAUUCUAGGGGUCACAGUUGUAUCUGUCCUCCAUUCUGCUUGAUAGCAGGUCUGUAUUCCCUAUCAAUCAUGGGUGCUUGAAGCCUGUUGUUGAGGCUUUUAGCUUCUUUUCC